UGAACAAGCUCUUCAAGCAUGGCGGUUUAACAUCAUACAGAAAUACGACAGUUUAAAAGAGUGUUUAACUAUAAUUAGUUAGCAGGAGUCGAGGAGAAUCUGUUUGAGUGAAUUUAAGCGACGGCAUCUUGUCAAGACAGCGAACUUGGUGUGUUUACUCGUUUACCUUUCCAAGAGGACGCAACCAAGAGUGCACAUGUAUAUCUGAUUCGUCUAAAAUAUCGCCAAGGACUUUUUCAUUCCACUUCGCGGACUGCUAAACACUGUUUUGACCGCUUCGACAUUGUGUGUUUUGCGUUACGGAUUAUCCCAGGUAUUAUUAGCAUAAUAUUAAUAAGUGUACGAAGUGUCUCAUGCUUUGUGGAUGUGUUACGGUAGCCAACAAACAAUAAACAUUAUUCGUCUGCUAAAACCGUGGAUGUUAUAGCAUCCAUAGACAAUUUGUGAUCAGUUAUUUAUGUGCAUUUUCCUGUUUCUGAAAUUAUAACCCGAUUUCUUUUCCGCAGACUUAAUAACCUCAAUCAAAAGACAUAAACUUAGUGCAUCUGAUCUCUGACAAUUUUGGGACAUUUUUACACUUCUAAAGCGGAAGUUAGCCGUGUGUAAAAGAACGGUUAACCGGUUAAUGAAUUAAAAAAAGGAUUAUCCGAGUAAGAUGUCCGAUUUGAGUUGUAUGUGACAGGAUAUGUCCGUGUCGAGUUGUAUAUCUGAUAGUGACGAUAGUUCCUGUAACCGAGAGGCCUACGAUUCCAUCCACAAACUCGCCAUGAUCCAACUACAGCCUCCCCGAAAUCCCAACAAACCUUUCACUUCCUUCAGUAUUAGAGACAUUCUAGCUUCACCCUCUCCCAAAGAGGUAAUUCACACACCCUCCCCGAGGGAAAGGCUCUCUCCUAGAGACAGAUUAUCGGGUAACUCACCUCGUCAAAUUCACUCCAGGCCCUACAGUCGGGGGCGGUUAAGCGUGUCUCUAAGUAAUUCCAGGAUCGUUCGACCAUGGGAUAACAUCGCAGAAUCAGAAAGUUCGUCGGACGAGGAGAUAAAUGUUGAUGACGACGAUGAUGAUGAAGAAGCCCCUAGUCCCUGUUUAAAAUCCGUGUCCCCACUUGAUGCCCUAAUGGCCAUGACAAAUAAAACAUUUCAAGGUUUAGACCAUUCUGAUAAUUCAGAAGCUAAAAGAAGAGAACAGUCGGCUUUGUUUGGGAAAAAUCAACCCCCGAAAAAACGACGAAAAUCACGAACGGCGUUUACAAAUCAACAAAUUUAUGAACUGGAAAAAAGAUUUUUAUAUCAAAAAUACCUUACACCUGCGGAUCGGGAUGAAAUUGCGCAGAACCUUGGACUAACAAAUGCGCAAGUGAUCACGUGGUUCCAGAACAGGCGCGCAAAAUUGAAACGAGAUUUGGAAGAGUUGAAGAAUGACGUCACAGCUACUAAAUCUAUAGACCCGUCACUUCCGUUAGAUGUUGAUAUUUCUAAAGUUACUGAUACCCUGAUAAUCGCGUCGCGUAGUCCUAGUCAUAGUAGUCGCUCGCCUACAUCCAGUAACCCAUGUUCUGAAAAAAGUCCCUCGAAGGUACACCACGAAGCCUCUGAAGAUGAUGAGGAAGACAUUGAUAUGAGUGACGAGCAAACAACGUGAAUCACGUGUUAAUCAUGUGACAUUGUGCAUAGUGUAUUUAUAGUAACAAUUAGUGAUGACGUUGAAUUUUAAAGUGUCGACCUUUUAAAGUGCCGACCACUAACUAGCAUCUAACUUGGCUAAUUUCGAUGUGGGUUAAGAAUGUUUAAGAAUAUUCAUCAGAUGAAUACUAUGACGUCAGGAUCAAAAAUUGUGUUAUCAUUAUUGACAUUAUGACUCAAGGUCAAAUUGAAAACUGUGAGCCAAGGUUUGUGUUUUUAAAAUGACCAAUGAUAAGGGCAUUGAUGACUAUUUAUUCAUUUUAGUUUCUAGAAAUGUACUAAAGAAAUUGAUGUCAAAUACGGAAACCGUGUGUGUAUCCUGGAAAUAUAAACAAACCAUAAAAGCCCGACCAAAUAAUGACAAUUCUUAUAUUAGGAAUUGUGUCGAGGUUUAUCGCAGUGAAACGUAAAUCAAUGGAAUGGAGCGAAGAGUCUCCAAAAAUAAGACUUGGUGUAUUUUAUGAACUGUGUAUAGACAUUGCACUUGUCAAUCGACGUGAAGUAAUUAAACAAGUCUCAUUUUUUAAAUUAAAAAUAUUUUCAAUGAUCAACUCAAUUAUUUGCAGUUGGUUCAAAUAAUCGAAUAUGUUAGCAAGAUAGCCGAUUUGUUUCCCUGAAAGUUUGGCACGUGUGUAGACUUAGGUUACCGUUGAGAUAGCCGAAAGUUCCGAACUGACACAAUUUCAAUCAAAUGACACAGGUCUGUCAGUCCCAGUAGAAGUGUUUUGAGCAGAGUCGUAACGCAGUGAAACAUGUUGAACGUGUUUCAGCUUCGCUGAUUGGUUGAGAUAUUCGGUUGUUCAGUUAGCGCAUGCUUGUUGUCUCGAAUGUCAUAUUGGAGAAAUUGAUCCAAUCGAAUUCCUGGAACGUUGAAUCGAGUACCACCACAAGUAUGCCUACAUGUAAAUCCCAAAACUGUAGCCGUUGAUACUUAUGUUUAGUGUAUUAUGGGUAAACUAGUAUUUAUGAAAUAAUAGUAUAAA